GAGAGAGCAGCGGAACUGAAAGAGAUGAUGAAGAGAUUCAGAAAAUACUUAGAGAAGAAGGAGCUGAGCCUAAGCGCAGACAAAUCGAAAGUAUUGGUUUUCGAAAACGGAAGAGGAAGAAGAAAGAAGAGAGAAUGGAAAUGGAAAGAAGAAAACAUAGAGAAAGUCAAGGAGAUAAGAUAUCUUGGCUACACGCUACAAAAAAACGGAGGCGCGGAGAAACAUACAAGGGAAAGACUGCGAAGAGCAACAAUAGCAAUGAAAAGGACAUGGAGCAUAGGAGAAAGAAUAUUCAAAGAAGACUUCAGAAGAAGAAUAAAAAUGUUUGAAGCACUAGUAGGAAGCGUGGCCCUAUACGGGGCAGAAGUAUGGGGCUGGAGAGACAAAAAAACAUUAGACGGAAUAAAAAGGAAAUAUGCAAAAUGGAUAUUAAAUCUGGACAGAGGAACACCGAACUAUAUACUGCUGGAGGAGACAAAAAUGGAAGAAAUCAGAAUACAGGCGAUCAAAAGAGCACUCAGAUAUGAAGAAAAAGCGAGACAAUCGGGGAAGAAAAUAGUGAAGGAAUGCAUAAGAGAUCUGGAAAAGAGACGGCCAGAAGCAGAAGAAGGGAAAUGGGAAAGAAAGAGGAAAAAGAUGUUAGAGGAGGCAGGAAUAAACAAAGAACAAUUAAGAAGAGAAAGAGAGACAGGAAACGAGGAAAUAACAGAGAAUAUCCUGAAAGAAUUAAAAACUAGAGAGAGCAGAAGAAGACAACAAAAGAUAAAUGAAUCUAGAUAUAACACUGACUACAAAGCGAUUAUACCAGAAGAAAGAUCGAAAUACCUGGAGGGAAGGAUGAAGAAGAAAGACAGGUGUCUGAUAGCGAGAUACAGAUGCGGAAAUGAGACGAGAGGCAGCCAGUAUUGGAGAGAGGAAGCAGAAAGAAGAUGUAGAAUUUGCAAAAGAGAAGAAGAGAGUCUGUACCAUAUGAUCAAAGAAUGUGAAGCAACAAAGAGUGAAAUGACGUUAGAAGAAAUCAUAGGAGAAGAAGGAAAGGGGCUACAAACGAUGAAAAGGAUAGAAAAAGUGAGAAUGGAGACGACCACAAAUGAGAAAGAAGAGAGAGAAAACAGCAAGAAGAAAGAAGCAAAAGAAAGUUAAAUUACACCAAAGACAUUGUAUUGACAACGGCAAUGUAGAUUCACCUGUAAAGUUAUGAUCAAUUAACCAUGGACUAAAGUCUAGCAGAUGCAUAUGUAUACAACCUUUAAGUCUAAUUUUGAGAUAAUUAUGUUUGUUUUUGUAAUUUUACUUUAUUUUAUUUAAAUUUUAAAUUUUAAUUUUGUUUUUAAUUUUGUUUUCUGAUUUAAUCUAACUUGAAAAGAAUUUUGAUUUUGUUUAUGAUUAAGAUUUUGAUUUUAACUGUAUUAUUAAGUUUAAGUAGGAAUUAAGUAUAAUAUGAAGACUGAUAACUGUUAGAAAGAAGUGUUAAAACAAGGUUUAAGUGUUAAGUUUUAAAACCAUAUGUAAAUGUAUACCAAAAGAAUGUAACCGGAAGCCAUCCUAAGCCGCAAGGCAAACGGAUUAAAUAAAAUAA